AUGUCGACGCAUCCAGCGCGCCCAAUGGGACCCCGACGUGCGCUGCCCAAGCCACCUGCAGAGAUGGUGGCUGCGCUGGGACCACCGCCGUCGGCACUGGACCAACAUCCUCCGCAACCGGCGUAUCUGGGCGCACUCGGGCCGUCUGCGACACCGAUUCCUAGUCCGAUGCCCAGUCCUGGUCUGGGAUUCCAAACCCCGCCCCCGCCGCCUCCGUUGCCCAAUGCCAACACGUCCCUCGGCCCAGGCGACGUCAUGCGCAGUUCGCGUAUGGGUGUAUAUGGCCAGACCCAGCAGACCCAGCGCCCACAGCUCUCGCUCCAGCAGCCAUCGUACAGAAACGACCCACCGACGCCCAGUGUCGCACCGCUCAACAUCCAACGGGCCCGUCCUCGGGUAGAAGUCCCGCGCCAGGCGAUCCCAUCAGACAUCGACUCGGCCGAUGCCGACGACGAAAAGGUCAGUCGCAUCGUCACCAGGCGCGCAACCGGCGGAUCCAGGCCGAGCGGUCUCGGCCAGGUCAUCGACGAGCGCUCCCCGGUCCCGAGCGACAACUACCAGCAGUUUGGUGGCCACGAUCCUCAGCCAGUCUAUCCCCAGGGUGCCAGCUACCUCCAGCCCUACGACGCACCCUCUCCUGGCCCCACCAAGUCCCGUAUCGGCAAUCCUGCCAAACCACGUCCGGUCCUGGGUCUGCGCACCGCCUCGGGGAGCGCCCUUCCCGACGAGGAUGCUCCUGCUCAGCAACACCAAGUAGACACAUCUGCAAGUCUCCCAUCCCUCAAACCCAAACUCCAACUCGCCCUCGGGCCCGCCAAACCCAAACUCGGUCUCGCUAUGCCUGGUGCAUCAUCAUCAUCAGGAGGGGGACUAAAACUCGAUGUGAAUGCCCACCCACCGAGCGACGAAGACGACGACGCAGACUAUUCCUACUAUGGCUUCAAACCCACCCAAUUCUACGACCACCAUGCGUCCCGGCACCCAACCGCCAAGCCCCAGGGCGCUGGUGGAGGCCUCGACGAGCUGCGUCGCGCCAUCGGAGAGCUACGCAUGCCUGAGCUCGAGGAAGAACUCGAGAUCAGGGGUCUGGGCCAGGGAAGUGGUAGUGGCAGCGGUGGUGUCGAGGGCGAGGAGCACCAAACUCAACCCCAAGAAUGGUCCGACGAGCUCCUCGAGGUCGUCAGCAGGCUUGGUGAAGGUGCCGGAGGUGCCGUGAGCAAAGUCGUCGAUAAACGCAACGGAAGGGUUAUGGCUCGAAAGACCAUCCCGACGGGCACGGUUCCCGCGCGCCAACUCUUGCGCGAACUCCAAUUCUCCAAACUCGUGCAUCCGAACCUCAUCGUCUGCUACGGCGCAUACAUCACCGCGCCGCCCUCGGACGAUAACAGCGGCGGCAUGUCGCGGCUCGCUCGACGCGAUCGCGCGCCAAAUGAAACACGGCACGCCAAUGUGCGGAUCGGCGAAAAAGUUAUUGCGCGCCUCGCCGAGGGCGUUUUGAAAGGUUUGGACUAUAUGCACAGCAACAAGGUGACGCACCGCGACAUCAAACCGAGCAAUAUCCUCGUCACCAAGGCCGGCGUCGUCAAGUUGUGUGAUUUCGGCGUGAGCGGCGAGUUGGACAUGAGUCUUGCGAACACGUUUACCGGGACGAGUUGGUACAUGGCUCCCGAGCGCAUAACGGGCCAUCCGUAUUCGAUCCGCGCGGACGUGUGGUCCACGGGUCUCACGUUCCUCGAACUUGCGCAAAACCGGUUCCCGUAUCCGCCUGAUUUGGGACCUAUCGAAUUGUUGACGUAUAUUGUCAACGGCGAGGUUCCAGAACUCGAUGACGAACCCGGUGACGAAAAUGGAAACGGCGCGAUUCACUGGAGCGAUGGCAUGAAGUCGUUUAUCAAACAAUCUUUGCGCAUCGACGCGGCUACACGCCCGACGCCGCGGGAGAUGCUCCAGCACCCCUGGAUUCAGGAAAGUAUGGCCCGAAAACUUGACAUGUCCAAGUGGAUCCGGGAGGUGUGGGGAUGGGAAAAGCCGCCCAAGCUCAAGAGGACGAGCCAGCGUCUUGAUGAGCUCGGUUUUUUUUUGUUUUGCGUGGAUUGA